ACUUGACCAAGAGGCGAUCACUUGUCAUCACACAGUAAAAAAAUGUCUUCUCUAUCUGAUGAUGUAACACAAUUGUGUGUUAAUAUUCACAUCAAUGAAGUAGAAACCUUUCGUCUAGAUGGUGUUCGAUCUGACGAAACCUUCAGUCAAGUCAUGGAUCAAUUCAUCCAAGAAAGAUGUAUGCCAAAACUUUCCAAACAUAAAUUUGCUCUUCUACCUUCCGAUAUUGAAAAAUCAGUGCUCUCUAAACAGAAAGAUCCAAAGAAGAAGAGAAAGGAACUCUUAAAGGAAUUAAUUCACGUCCAAAUGAAUGACAGUAUUGGUCAAUCCACAUAUGCAAUGUUUAUUAGUAGAGAAAAUACUAUGCAUUUACAAUUAUCACCACCAAUACCACCCCAAGAGAUGAACAAAAUCUUUGGCAGACCAUUAGGAUUUCUCUUCCACAAGGAACAAAAACUCUCAUCAUCAUCAAGCAGCAGCACUAGUGGAGCCGAUCUUCCACCAGUUCCAGACUUUAUCGACAUGCUCUGUUCCUACAUUGCCAUUCAUGGUCAGGUAUUGGGCAUCUUUCGUGUGAGUGGUUCUCUGCGUCAUACCGAGGCACUCAAACAACAAUUCGAAGAGGCCAACAAUUCCAACUAUAAACCCAUCAUGCCAGGCACUGAUCCGAAUGCCAUUGCCAGCUUGUUGAAGAUGUACCUGAGAGAGUUGCCUCAGCCGCUGAUUGAAGCUCGAUUCUAUCGUAAAUUAUGUAAUUUGUUUGGCGCCAAUUCCUCCUCAGCAGCAUCAGAAGAAGAAAAUGAAUCGACGAGUGGUGCCGAGUCGAGUAUUACACGUGAGAGGGUGAUUGAAUUGAGAGGAAUUGUGAGAAGCAUGUCGGAGAGGAAUAUUGUAGUGUUGGAGAGGUUGAUGGCCUUGUGUGCAUUGAUUGUGAAGAAUCGUGAGGUAACCAUGAUGAAUGAUGAGAAUGUUGCACUGGUUUUGGGUCCGAAUUUAUUGUGGGCUCCCUCUGAAGAGGAGGAUGAGAAUGGUGAUUUGAAGAGAGAUGAUCCAUCUGCUUUUGCAAUGAAUUCUCUUAAGGAUACUCCAACUAUUUGUGCAAUUGUGUCAGUACUCGUUGUGAAUUAUUCUCAAAUUUUUGAAAAUGAUUCACCUUAUGAUAUAGAGCUUAAGGGUUCAAAGAAUUUGUCUCGUGAUCAAUUGUGGGUCAAGAAGAGUGCAACCUCUACAACUUCAACUCAAAGUGGAGCUCUCAGUGCUCGUGGUAUGCAACAUUUGAGAGCUGGUUCAAUGUUUAAUUCGCCUAGUACCUCUCCAAGCUCACCUAGUGGUGGAGUUGCCAAAAAGCAACUUCUCGUAGGUCUCCAACCAAAAAAUUAUUCAAGUGGAUCUGAUACAGAACAAAAGAGAGGAGGUGCUUCAAAGAAUUUCAGAGGUCACAUGCCAAGAGGUAUUGUUGAAAAAUUAUCAGUUGGUGCUGAUAUGAUUUAUCCAUUGAGAUUGGUAAGAUUGACUGGUGAAUCUUUGGUUGUCAUGACUAUUCGUGAAUCAACUACAAGUGAAGGUCAUGCACAAUCAGAAUUUCUUGUCGAUCGUGAAAUUCCAUACGAUCAUAUUAAGAAAUUGGAAAUUAUGAACCAAGUCAAGACUGUUGAAAAGGUAGAGGAUGAUGAUGAGGAACAACCAGGUAAAAAGGAAGAAAAAAAAAAGACCAAUACUGAUUCUGUAAAUGGCAUCAAGGUCAUUUACCAACAAAAAGGUGGAUUUAACACUAGUGUAAUUGUAACAGAAGAUUUUGGAUCUACAGAACAAGAUCCUUCCCUCUAUCAUUAUGUUGACACAUCCAUUUCACUUAGAAUGUGGCAUGACAAUUUAUCAUCAGUGCUCAAGAGAUAUGAAUCUUUUGUCGCAUUGGCAAAGAAUGAUCCUGAUAACUUUGGAGCUGUCUUGACCAAGAAGGAGUUCAAGAUUGCAAAACAAGCCAAAAUGGAACAACAAAAAAAACUUGAAGAUGAAAGAAAGAUCGCUCUUGAUCAUCCAGUGGAUGAAUUAAUGACAAUAGAAGCAAAUGAUCAAUACGAUUCUACAAUUGAGGGAGAAAUUGAAUACUGAAGAAAAGACUAGAAAAAUGCUCGAAUUCAGAUUACAAGAAAUGGAUUCACAAAAUAAGGAAUAUUUAAGUGAGGUCAGAUCAUUAAAGACUAGGUCAAUAAGAAUUUCUGAUAGCAAUAAGAGAAGUUCUAGAAGAUUGGGUUCUCGUUUUAGACCUUCCAAUUCUGGAAAAGUUAGUGGGUAUGAAUCAGAGUAUGCCAGUGAAGAGGAAUACGAAGAUGAAUAUGGAGCUGACAGUGAUGAUAGUGUUGAAUUCAGAUAGAUCCUUUUCGAGCUUUUUUCAAUGUAUUAUUAUUCAAUAUUUAUUUACAAAAAAUUAUAAACUAUUAUUCGUGUUUCGUUUUUUAAAAAGGUGUUGCUGGUUAUUAUUAUUGGUUCACUAAGAUUUUUUCCAAUUUGUUUUAUAUAAUUGAAAAUUCUUCUCCUAAUAAAUCAUAAAGUUAUUGUUAAA